UGGCUUCUCUGCCCUGGGAGCAGCUCUCCUGCCACAGUCCCUCAUCCCCUGAAAAUGUAUGCUUGUGCCAGGUUUGUCUCCACUCCCGCCUUGAUCAGGAGAAGCUCUCCACUGUUGAGCCGAUCACUGUCUGCAGUGGUGCGGAAACGACCAGAGGCAUUGACAGAUGAGAGUCACAGCAGCUUGGCAGCCCCACGUCUCCUGACCACCUCACUUAUUCCUAGCCGCAGCUUCCAAACCAGUGCCAUUUCAAGAGACAUUGACACAGCAGCCAAGUUCAUUGGAGCUGGGGCUGCCACAGUAGGAGUGGCUGGCUCUGGGGCUGGAAUUGGGACUGUGUUUGGGAGCCUCAUCAUUGGUUAUGCCAGGAACCCUUCUCUGAAGCAACAGCUCUUCUCCUACGCCAUUCUGGGCUUUGCCCUCUCGGAGGCCAUGGGGCUCUUUUGCCUGAUGGUGGCCUUUCUCAUCCUCUUCACCAUAUGAAGGAGCCGUGUCCACCUCCCGUAGUUCUUUCUCCUGGGUCUCAUCUGCCCCGUGUAUUCCUUUUCUUGUACCUCCCCAGGCAGGCUGGGGAAAGUGGUUGGCUCAAGGUUUGACAGAGGGAAGACAAAUAAAUACUGUAUUAAUAAG